CACAUUUCCCAACAACCAACAGGUUUAGUGUUUCAAUGACACAACUGGACUUUGUCAAGAAAGAAAUGGAAACAGUCUGGAGGAGACUUGAACAAUAAAGCUGGGAGGAGGAGGGGGCUCUGGAGUACGAUUACCCAGAUCUACUGAAAAGCUUGAAAAUGUAUAUUAAAAUCAAGUCAAACGGUAUCAGACUGUAGCUGUCUGGUUCCAGCUGGAACUUAGACCUACCAGGGCAACAUGCGUCCGAAACGCGUCCAUGGGCUUCGGGAGACCAGGAAGCCGACUGUGGGGUCCGUUAUGGCGUCCCAUGCUCGGCCUACAAACAAGAUGAUGGAGGCAUAGAAGGGAUCCAGCUGCCAAAGGAGAAGACACGAAGACAGAGGGAACAGGGAGUGAUUAACCCCCCCUGCCUGCAGCCCCCAUGCCGGGCAUUAGCUCCACCGCUCCUCGUUAUGAAAACUGGGACAUGGACCACCUCGACCACUACCAACAUUAUUUCUACGACGAUCACCACGACCCUGACGAGGAUUUCUUCAAGUCCACAGCGCCCAGCGAGGACAUAUGGAAGAAAUUCGAGCUAGUACCGACCCCGCCCAUGUCCCCUAUCCGGGCGGUGGAGGGGUCCAGCAGGGUCGGGCUGCUGUGCCCGUCUCUGGGGGACAAGCUGGAGUGGGUAUCUCAGUUCUUAGGGCAGGAUGAUGAGCAGCAGCAGGACCUUCCCUGUAAGCUGACAACGUCCAAUGACUCCUUCGGGAACCUGAGCUCCAUCAUUAUCCAGGACUGCAUGUGGAGUGGCUUCUCGGCCGGACAGCAGCUGGAGAGAGUUGUAGGGGAGCGCUGCGCCUCCUGUCCCGGGACGGGGGCCGCGGCCAAAGUCGCAGCCGGGUCUGCCGUUACGUCCCCGGGUAGAGCGCAGAGUGCACCCGCCGACGCGUCCGCUCUCAGCGGACUGGCGGCGGACUGUGUAGACCCGGCAGCCGUGCUCACUUUCCCAUUAAACGGUGGAUGCAAGAAACAAGUGUCCUCUGGUUCCGAGUCUCACACCGACUCAUCAGAUGAUGAAGACGACAAGGAUGAGGAUGAAGAGGAGAUUGAUGUGGUGACAGUGGAGCACAAGCAGCAACGCAAACCUCGCCGACUGGUCAACACUCGUAAACCAGUGACUAUAACGGUUCGCGCCGACCCCCUCGACCCCAGCAUGAAGCGUUUCCACAUCUCCAUCCACCAACAGCAGCACAACUAUGCUGCGCCCUCCCCGGACACACUCCCUACGCCGGCCGAGCCGCCUCGGAAGAGGGUUCGGCAGGAGGCCUCCACCCAGGUCACCCAGAACACUCAGUACCACCAGCCCCGGCCCGGCCACACCCCUUUGAACUUAGACAGCAGGAAGUCUCAAGUGACUGUGGCCGGAGUCAGGUCAGAGUCCCCUAACCCUAGGGCUUCCUCUCCUACCUCCUCCACAUCCCCUUCGUCUCCUCCCUCCUCCUCCUCCUCGCCCUCCUCCCAUCCCAACAGCUCCCCCUCAAAGCCCCACUUCUUCUCCAGCCCCCAGUCCUCCGACUGCGAGGACACAGACAAACGCAAGGCGCACAACUUCCUCGAGCGCAAGCGGAGGAAUGACCUGCGCUCACGUUUCCUGUCACUGCGGGAUGAGAUCCCAGGUUUAGCGGACUGCCCCAAGACGCCGAAGGUGGCGAUCCUGACGCGAGCCACGGAGUACCUGCAGCAGCUGCACACCAGGGAAAGGCAGAAGGCUCAGGAAAGGAAGCAGCUGAAAGCCAGGCAGCUGCAGCUGCUGCAGAGGCUGGCCCAGCUCAAACGAUCCUGAGCGUCGGGGUCAGCCGUCACCACAAACGUACACUCACAGAACUGAACGGGACUACGUGAAGGAGAAAAGACCCUAAUGUUCACUUUGAAUCGGUCACGUUGGAAUUGUGCGGGUGUAUUGUUGUUUUUUUCUUUCUAUUUUUGUGGUUUGCACAUUAGCUUCUGAGUGAUUGACAAAGCCGUAAGCCGGUCAGGACAGCCAGCUAGGGACUGAUCUUAUGGGGCAUCUUACGGACAGAUUUAUAUGUCCAUGGUUACUCAAUAUAGGUUUGUCAAAAUGUUAUAUUUCCCCUUGCUAAAAAAUAUUCAAAAUUGUUGCUUGCUACCAGAAGGCUUGUUGUGAAUGCAACAGCUUCUAGUUGAGAAACUGCUACAGCUUUGCUGUUUACCUGCUGCAUGGUCUGGUCAGAUGUCUCCCUGAUUGUGAUAAGGCUUGGUGUGCUUGCACAGCAGUGUUGUCUCCUCUUUCAAUCUGUCAUCAGUCUAAAGGCCCCCUGACGUUUUCUGUGGGGUCUCCCUUCAAAUUGUAACUUCUUUUAAAGUUCCCUGCUCCUUAGCGCUUGGCAUACAACUCAUUUUAUUCUCAAGUUGUGCCUCUUCUCUCAUUUUCCAUAGCAUCUAAAUUCUUCUGUUUCCUCUUCUGUUCACACUUGUCUGUGUCAGCAGCUGAAGUUUCUAGCUUUAUGCUUGCUGAUAAUGGGGGAAUGCAGGGGGCUGUUGUGGGACUGUACUGAGCCAUGCAUCAUAAUGUUGCAACUGGAAGCAUACAAACUGUUCUGCACCUCUGGAAUAGCUCAGGUUAAGUCCUAACUUCUGUGCCUGCAGGUUCAUAACUUCAGUGUUUGUCUUCUUGCGUCAUAGAUGUUUCGACAGCAGCACAGUGCCCACAGUAACACCCUGUUUUGCAGCAUUAUUUGGAGAAAAUGAGUCCAUAUGUUGCCAUGCAGGCAUUUUUUUUUUCAGGUCAAUCCAUAUACAGUCAACAUCUGCAAAAACACUAUAUGAACAUGUUUACCAAGUUUCACCCUGUCUUUAUUAUUGUUGUGCCAUGGAGACCAGCCAAAAGGUGAAUGUUGGCAUCAAAUUAUCAACCUGAAUAAACUCUUUGAGAAUGGCUUAAAUUGAAUCUGUAUGUUUAAGCGACAUCACAAAUGCCAACCUUAGCUUGGAGAGGAAGCCCACAGAGUUCCAACUGUAUUUGUUUCAUCUUGUCUAAUAUUUUGUAAUUGUGUUUUUUGGUUUUUUUUGGGUUUUUUUUUGCAUUUAAUGUAAUGCCUAUAGAAGCCUUUUUCAUGUACGUAGACUAUCCUGUUGGAUGUUAUGUAUAUAGUUCCCUUACUGUACAGCCCCUUCCAAACCAAAACCAGAGCUGUCUACUAUACUCAUCCUAGUUCUGGGCCCUGCGUCUUAAACCGGGGCCAAGCUUGCAGGCUUUUCAAAGAUAACUCAAAGCUUCUAUUUUUGUUAAUAAAAUGAUUAUGAAAAAAGUCAAGAUAAAACACUUACUGAACAUUGAUCACACUAGCCACUUUGUCAACACUUUUUUUUUUUUUGUUUGUUUUUUUUUUUUUUUGCAAUGCCUACUUGUUUUCUUUACUGUUCAUGGCUUCUUUGUUUCUUUCUCUGGGGGUUUGUUUUAUUUGUACAAGUCAGAAUUGACAAAAGUUUUAUACUAUAUUUUCCUACCAAGUUGUUUCAGUGUGAGCUAAUGACUGUUUCUGUUAUUGUAGCUGGCAGGUCUUUAUUGGUGGUUAUGUGCUGAAAAUUGGCACGUAUGGCCUGUUUUCUCUCUGGAGUCAAAAGCACCUGAAUGCUCCUGUAUUCAAUCCAAUCACUGUAGCUGUAACACACUCUUAAAUCUGACGUGGGGGGGGGAACUUAAGAGGAUCUACCGAUUAAACUUCUGGCUGUGUGUAGCCUUUAGUGACCUUAAUGUUAAUGCUUUCUCUCUGCUUUUUUGCAAGCCCUGGUGCUCCCUAUUUUCCCACAAGCCAUGCAACAGAGAACACUGUAGCCCUGGAACUAGUACUGUAAAUGAUCCUGCUCUUACCAGCACUCAGGAAACUCUCAAGCAAGCUGUAGCUCUUGUGCUAGGGCCUUCAGCUGUGCUUGAGGAAAACACCCCCUGCUGUAAUAUGCUGUAUUUAUGACCAAAUGCCAGACCCACGCAGACAGAAGCAACCCUUCCUUCAUGUGAACUUGCUGUUAUAUAUUUUUCUGCUAAUAAAUUCAGCACAAACCACCAUUAGUCCUGUUUUAGAUUUCUCAAUAGGGUGCACACACAGCAGUGGUUUGCCCUGCUUUCUUAUUUUUAUUUGUUUGACUGGUAUUGGUCACUGGUCUCUGUGUUUGGCACAGUCACGGUAGCAGUGGAUAUUGCUUACAUACUUUGGGAGCUAAACUAUCAUGAUUUUGGAGCCUUGUCUCAGCACUUUUUCUUUCUGUACCUCAUAAGCCUAUAUGUAUGAAGAGUAUGUCCGGAAAUUAAUAAAUUCAUGGUUUGACAUCAUAAA